AUGCGGCCUCGAGACUCAGCCCAGAGAAACAGAGCCAUUCCACCAGACCCAGCCAUAUCCGAAAAUGGCUUGCAACAGGAUAUCAGGCCUGCGGGCUGCAGGUUGACCUUUAUCGAUAGCCAACACGAUGUUCGGUGGUUAAGCGCGGAAAAUGCAGCCAAACACAGACAUGCGAUCUUCACCGAUGCUGAGCGGCAGUCUAUGAGUAAUGAAGUCAUCAGUUCUGUGCCAUAUCAUGACACCUCCAAAGCGUUACUGGACUUGGAAAGAUUCGAGUUCACCUCGAACGCAACUGCGCCAUUCUCCCUAUUCCAUGGACCCUUUGGAGUUUUAAAGCUAUCUCGAGUAUCCGAGCCAGAAGCCCCAGAUACUGAGUUUAAUGGCUUGUUAUCAUCACCCGAGAAAUGGUCGAUGAAAAUAGACGACUUGAUUAGGCAGGAAGAUACCGAGUUCGACCUCAUCUCUAGCCUUCUAGACUUUCCAAACGAUCGAGGAAAUGAGGAGCCAGAAGUAUGGGAUAUGAUUCCAGGGGCUUUUGAUACAGACACCUAUGCACCAGAUCCAUGGAAUGGCUUGUCGCCUCAUCUCUUUAGUGAGAGUACGGAGGCUUGGACAAUACUGUCUCACUACAAAGACAGGAUUGUCCCAUUGAUCUCUCCCCUGGGGCAUGGCCAAGAAGCACCGUGGCUCAAUCUUGUAAUGCCAUGUGCAGUGAACACUCUAGGGGAUAUCACAAUGAGUGGAGCUACGACACAUGCGCGACUCGCUCUGUUGAAUGCUUUGUUAAGCACCAGUGCCUUUCAUCUUGGGAGUCACUCAAAUAUGUGCAUCGAGCACUGGAUAACAACCGGAAAUACUUACUUGAAGCGAGCUCAGAGCCACGUCCUGCGCUGCAUGGAAGAGGCGCGUAAUUCGACCAUGAAGAGGAGCAAAUACAAGGAGAUUCUCAUGGCUAUAUUGAGUCUCUCAACUGCUUACAUGGUCAAAGGGGACUCUGAGAACCGCUUAUUCUGCCUCCUUCAAGCCGAGAAAUUUAUCUGCAUCAACGGCUUCAAACAAUCGACCCUCUCGCCGAAACGGAGAGCUUUACAUCAUUGCUACGCAUACAUGCGAAUCAUGGCCGAAACUACCAGCAUCGCAGAAAAUCUAAGUGCGAAUAUCUCAGAAGCCGCUAUCUUUGCAGGCGAAGUCCCAACCUACACAGACUUCCGAAUUUGUCCUAACAUCACCUUCUCGGAUAGCAUAAUGGCGAUGGAAAAGGACCCCUGUGUAGCACAGCGCGAUCUCCACUUAGCAAUUCCCGGUCGGUGGAGCCUGACGCUGUUUCCGAAGAUGUAUGGAGUCGCUGAGAGCUUCCUUAUGCUCCUGUCACAGGUAAUUCGUCUUGCUAAUGAGCGAGAUCGAUCACUUGAGAAUGCAGACGAGCAGAUGCUCAAUCUGAAAGAUUUCUGGGUACGUGCGAAAGCACUUGAAAAGGGGAUUCAUCAUCUUCUUGCAUCGUGCACUUCGAGGAAUUUUUCGACCUACGAGGGGUGUUCAUUUCAAAUGGGAGGUGCAAGGGCACAGGCGAUGUAUAAUGCAUUGUUGAUCUUCUUUCAUCGUCGGAUCUACGAUCUUGAUGCUGCUUUGCUCCAACAGGAGGUGAACAGUGUGCAAGAUUCUUUGGUACAAAUUCAACAAGACGGGACUGGACAAAGCGAGGGCAACACAGCGACACUCAUCUGGCCAGCGUUUAUUGCUGCUUGCGAGGCAGUCAGCGCGGAAUCGCAGUUAUUCUUUUCAUCCUGGUUUGAAUCUUGCUUGACAAUGACAGGGCUUGUCAACGCCUCUCUUGCAAAGCAAGUUUUCGAGACGAUUUGGACCAAGAGAAGGGAGGCCGGGAGAUACGGAGAGAGGUGCAGUUGGCCAGAUGUGUUAAGAGCGAAGAGAAUAAGAUUAAUGUGUACGUAG